AUGCACUACGUGCCGGACUACACUGCCUCCGUGCACUACAUGCCGGACUACACUGCCUCCGUGCACUACAUGCCGGACUACACGGCCUCCGUGCACUACAUGCCGGACUACACUGCCUCCGUGCACUACAUGCCGGACUACGCUGCCUCCGUGCACAACAUGCUGGACUACACGGCCUCCAUGCACAACAUGCUGGACUACACGGCCUCCAUGCACAACAUGCCGGACUACGCUGCCUCCAUGCGCUACAUGCCGGACUACGCUGCCUCCAUGCACCAAACCUCCGCCGAUUUUGGCAAUACAUGUCGAAAUCGAACUAACCACACGUGCCUAACGUAA